AUGAAACACGUUACGAAGCUCCACCUGCCUCGCCCGCCAGCUGGCCUCGAGACUGGUGUUUGGAAUCUCCCAAACGAGAUAGAAUCCCAGAUCACAACGCUAGCUGCCAUCAUUCAGGUCGAGCACCAACAGCGUACUCCCCUUGCACGAAAAGAGGACGAAGACGAAGCAGAGUCUGAAGACGCAGAAAGCUCAAGUGAUGAGAAAUUAGGCAACUAUGGACUUGGAUCCUCGGCCAUUGUCGCUCCUUUAGCUUCGGAAAGUACAAAGGACUUGAAAAGGUGCUUUCUAGAUCGACUGGCCGAAUUGUUGUGCUAUGAGAAGAAUGCACAUUAUGUGACUUGCACGUAUUUACGGGAAGGAGAAGAGGAGGUUACUAUUCUCGCGUCACGGAACGCUACCUGGAAAGACAAGGACAUUAAUCUUCUAGAAAGUUUGGCAAGCACGCUGGAACAGCUUGCAGUGAGAGAUCCUUUCAACCCGGGCCCUGAGCCGGACCUGGAAAGGAAAUUCAGCGAAUACUAUAGCCCACGCUUGGACUACCAUGCCGAACAACUCAUUGAUCCCUUAAAAACAGUAGAAGGGGUGACCGGCCUGGUCGCUUUGUUAAAGGACUUUCUUUCCCGACGCAUCUCGUCACAUGUCCUUGUCAACGAGGUCAACGAAAUUUGCUACAAUACCGACUUCUAUUCCAGGAUUAAGGUAGUGCCAAAAGCAAAGAAGAUAGUGCAAGAGCUGGGUUUUAUUUGUCGCCCUCUUAACGCUGCUGACACAUUCUAUAAAGCAGCGCGCGAGAUCUCGAACUUCAAGCGGGUGAAAAUCGAGCUUCUGCCCGGAUACAAAGCUGAAAGAGUAGCUCCAUCACCCUCACUAUGCCCAAUAUUGCUAUCGAACAGAGAGCGAGGGAGAUUGGAUGAGUGCCUCCGCAAAAAGAAAUGGGUACAUGCGGAAGUGAGGAUGGCUCUACACCUCAUGAGUACUGACCGCAUGUCCCCAACACCACAAUAUCUCGGCAUUAGCAAGAAGACCUGUUUCAUGUGCGGUCACUUUCUGCAAAGACUAUCCCAUUUUCAAGCGCGUGAUAACCAUGGAAAGGUAUACUCGCAGUGGACAUUGCCGAAAUCGCUUGUCAUGCCGCAAAAGUACCAUGAGACACUGGACAAUGCUGCUCGAAACCUCCGGGAUGUAAUGCAGCGUGAAUGUGCUCUACAAUCUGAUUACCGUAUCUCUGCAGUUAAAGAGUCAACUCUCUCAACGCCAGUUGCAUCAGAACAGAUGCAUGUCUGGUCACCGUUUUCUCGCCAUGUACCGGACCCCAAACUCCAAGCGAGAGAAUCAGAGUGGCUGUCACGUCGCAGUCCAAGGGAAAUCAAUGUCAGAGCGAACAAAACCGAUUGUUGCACCCAAGACAUAUCGCGUAGUUCCGAUAUGGAAAGUGCAUUGCCUCCAGAGAUUCCUUGUGCUCGUCCUACGUCGAAAACCACAUCAGUAGCUUGUGCCAGAUGUACCGCAACCGAGGAUCUGACUCCUUGCUCCAAAUGCGGCUCAACAUUCUACUGCAGUAGAGAGUGCCAAACAACUCACUGGCUAAGACAUAAGUUCGAUUGCAGCCUUGGACGACCGAUAGACGAGGUUGACUAUUUCAUAAUUGCAUGCAAGACAGAGGAACUGCCCAAAGAUGAUGAUGUCGCUAAGGCCUUCGGGCUCCUCUACUUUACAUCAGCGGCUGAUCUACAGAGACUCUUCAGGCUGUACUGCAGACUCGUAAAUGAGUGGGGUGUGGAAGAGGAUGAGCUUCGAGAGGCAUGGCAGCAAAACAAAUUGAAGGAAUUUAUUCUGUUUCGAAGCUCCCAGAUACCAUCAUCUUUGAUCCACGCUGAAAGCCGUUGGAUAAGUCAGCAGGAUGGCUUUGCUGCCAACAAAAUAACUGAUUUAUUUAAUGUCCUGUUCGAAUCUCAACUCAAAAACAUGUACUCGAGCGCGAAGAUCAACAGGUUCCAUAUGAAGAGUUGGAGCCCCGGGAAAAGCUCGAAGCCUAUGUAUUCCUUUGCCAGAUUCGAAAUGGCUCGGGAUGGCGACGAAAUCCAGCAAUUGGCGAAGCUAUACAGGGUGCUUGUCGAUAGAUGUGAAUUCGAAGAGUUCUGGAAGGCCAUGGCAGAAUCGAAGAUGGUCGAUCUUUUCAAAAAGUACGGUCUUGGCCAUGCCAUCGCAGACUUGCGGAACUUUGAGACCCUUUUGAGCGCUGUUGGAACGGGGUACCAGAGUGUGUGGGAGUUGAAACGGUUCACUCGCCUGUCGUAUGCAAAACCUCACCGUAGCGUUCUCGUGGAUUACGGAUUUUGCAACCGUCGAACACUAGUACUGAGUGACCUCCGACAAGCCUACACGAAGUUCUUCACUCAGGGCGGAGAUGAAAUGGCCCUUCAUGAGGCCUGUAUCCGGGGUCAAUUGGCGCCAUUUCUUGAGUCCGAGUUGGGAGGGCUCCCCGCUUCCGCUAAGCUGGUGUCGAAUCCAUAUCCAUUAGAGGGAUGCGACUACAUGGGCAUGGUGUUUGAGGAUGGGUGUCUUGUCCCGCAGUCAGUUUAUGGAGACGCGAAGGAGUGGCAGAAGCAAACAGGGAAUAAGAUGGCUAUAUUGACCUUCCCUGAUGAGAAAGAGAAAUCGUUCACGCAAACGUUAUUAGAAAGAUGGAGCUACUUGGGGCAGACCGUCAACACCCAAACGACUAUUAUAAAUGGGCAAACUUUCAAAACCAUGUCUGGGAUGUGA